ACGAUUAGUAAAAACGCGGCUCGAUAUCGUCUCUGUCACAUCAGCUCCGCAAUACAGGCAGAAGACGAACAGGAAAUUAUAACUCAAAGACAGCUCUAAGAGUGUUUGCUCACGUUUGUUUAUAACAAACAAGUGUUUUUCUGUUGGCUACCUGUCUUAAUUAUCCCACCUAUCUUUUUCCAGCAGAGACAAUGCUUCAGUGUCUGUCGGGAAGUUCGUGUAUGCGUGUCAUAGACGGUUACAGGUCUACGUGGUAUUUCUUAGUUUUGGUGCUGGCGUAUGUUUUAUACCUCAUCUUCGGGGCUUUGGUGUUUUCCGCAGUGGAGCUGCCGUAUGAAGAGCAGCUUCGACAGGAGCUUCGGACAGUGAAACAGCAGUUUCUGGAGGACAACGAAUGUCUGUCCAAUGACAGACUGGAGGAGUUUCUGAUCAAAGCCUUAGAAGCGAGUAAUUACGGUGUGUCGGUUCUCAAUAAUGCCUCCAGUAACUGGAACUGGGAUUUCACUUCAGCGUUAUUCUUCGCCAGCACUGUGCUUUCCACGACAGGAUAUGGGCACACUGUUCCUCUAUCAGACGGAGGUAAGGCCUUCUGCAUCAUUUACUCAGUGGUGGGAAUCCCAUUCACUCUGUUGUUCUUGACGGCGGUGGUCCAGAGGAUCAUGGAGUUCAGCACACGCAGGCCCAUAGAGUUCCUGCACCGGCGCUGGGGCACCUCCAAACCUCUGCUGGCCGCCAUGCACGCAACACUACUGGCCAUUAUAACUGUCUCCUGCUUCUUCCUUAUACCUGCCAUCAUCUUCUCAGUGCUGGAGGAGGAGUGGAACUUCCUGGAGUCCUUCUAUUUCUGCUUUAUCUCUCUUAGUACCAUUGGCUUAGGCGACUAUGUGCCAGGAGAGGGUUACCAUCAGAGGUUCCGAGAACUUUAUAAACUGGGCAUUACCUUCUACCUGAUAUUGGGCUUGAUCGCUAUGUUGGUGGUUCUGGAAACCUUCUGUGAGCUUCAGCAGCUGAAAAAGCUCAGGAAGAUGUUCUACCUGAGGAAACAAAAAACAGAGGACCAGCUUAAUAUCGUAGAUCACGAUCACCUCUCCUUUGCCUCUGUGUCCGACCAGGCAGCCUCAUUCAGAGAGGAUAAGACUGAACUGUUUCCUGAUGAUAUUGUCUCCAGCUCACCUAUUGCUAACUCGAAUGGAUCAUUGGAGCGAUGAGGCUUCCUUCAUUUCCGUGUCUGGAACCUCGACACAUUAACUUUUCAAAAACAUGUCCAUAAAGAGCAUAAUGUAUUGUUAGUGUACUCUGCUGUCAAGUUAACUGAGAUCUACUAUAGAUAUGAAUACCUGAAAUACCGACUGAAGGUAAUUUAUUGCAAAACAUUUGUAUAUCACACAAUGGCCACAUACUCACUGUAGCUAAAUUAAGUUGUUUAUGAGAGUGGCAAGCAUAUUCAGCAAUCAGAUUAACAGUAAAUUAGAUUGUAACAAAUGCAUUUACAGAAAUUUUACUAGGGUUGAGACGAUAAGUCAAAUCAAAAACUCAUUACGCGUCAGCUGUUUUCAGAUCUUUCAGAAUGCAUCGCAAUUGUUUCUGGAAUUUAUUGUCCCAGUGAUAAAUUUUACACAGUGUGUAGAACUAAACUGAACAACUAGUUGUUAAAGCAACAUUAUGUAGCUUCUUUAACCUCAAAAUAAUGAAUCAAAUUAUUUCAGCAAUAAUGCUUCACCAAAAAUGAUUAUUCUGUUGUCAUCUACAUUUCUGGGGAGUUUCUUCUCCUGUUAAACAAAAAAGAAGAUAUCUUGAGGGAAAGCUGGAAACCUGUAACCACUGAUAUAGUGUAUUGGCCUUUCCUACUAUGGAUACAGGUUUCCAGCUUUCUUAAAGAGUCCGGAUUUUGACUGCGUUCAGCGCAAGAUAGAGAGAAAUGCCCACCACGGCUAUGAAGUUGCAGCCAGAGAGUAUGUGGAGAGCCCAAUGCAGGAAUGCAAGAAAGCAAUGCAGUUAAACACCAGCAUAUUACUCUACUGUUAACGCUAACCCCAAGUAAUAACAACGACACAUAUUCAGUAUUAAUCCACACAGUGGCAAGAGUUGAACUAUUUUGUGAAUUAACCACGCAUUGUAAAUUGUAAAUUAACCACUGCAACUUAUCUUUGCGUGUGUGAGGAACAGCUGAUGGUGGCCAUAGCAAGGAUGAACGCCAGAGGAUUGCAAGUUCAG